AUGCUUAGGGAUAUGCCUGGCGAGCAGCAACGGUACCACCACCCUUACUCUCGCAUACACACCCCUCCCCCCAUCACCGACUCUGUCCAAGAGGACAUUGAUAGGUUCCGAGUGGGACCAGAACAAACCAUUGAGCUCAUUGACAAAGAAGACAUCGAGAAGACUCCUCGGCCUUUGUAA